UCCUCACUUUCCCUCCCCCCACAAAAUCCCCAAUUCCUCUCCACUCCCUUCGCCAAAUCUCAACAAAUGAAGCAUCUUUUUAGGGUUUCCUCGUCGAUUUUAUGCAUUUUUAUGUCGAUUUCGCCUCCAAUUUGUUCACUAGCUUAUCGAGCAUCUCCACCUGACCCUAAAGGAUUCGGACGUACAUUGUUCACGCCCACCUUUUCCUUUAGCUGGUUAGAUGAUAAAGCUACAUUCCAAGCUGGUGAUAUAGCAACAAUUAAGGUCAAGAUAUUGGAUAACCCUGUUAAUAAUAAGACCUCUGAUUUAAGCCGACAGGCAAUGAAUUUUUCUCUAUCUGUGAAUGGAAAGAAAGGGAAUAGUUCAUAUAUCUCUGGAGUUGUUCAGUAUCUUCAGGGGGCUCCUACAUUAUGGAGUAUUUCUUUUAUUCCAAUUUGGGUUGGGCAGUUUACUAUGGUUGUCACAGAAGAUCAUUUUGGCAUCACUGAUUCAUCCCUUCAUUUUAAUGUUACAGCUGGCCAUUUAUAUCCAUCUGCUUGCGUGGCUUCUUGGAUUGAUCUUUCUACUGAAUAUGUUGCUGGUACAAAAGCAAACAUAUUGAUACUUCCUAAAGAUGCAUUUGGGAAUGACAUCUUGCAAGGAGUUGAGGGUCUGAGCAAUGAUUACUUUUGUGUCCAUGCAUCUUAUGACAAUGGAUCUAAUGUGGACUUGUUUGACUUCCGAUCUAAUGGUUGGAACGAAGCUGGAUAUAUUAGCCUUGAGUUUGUUCCAAAACUUGCUGGAAAUUUUUUCUUACAUGUUUAUGGUGAUAAUAAGAGCUUAAGUGGUUCUCCUCUACCAUUGAUAGUAAAACCAGGACCACUAGAUAUGAAAAAAAGCAUGGGAAUGUGGAAAUGUGGGACAAAUUUCUUGCAAAUCUUCUCUAAGCUGGAAAUAUUUGUACACCAGCAAGAUUCAUUCGGAAACCUUGUUCCAGGUUUCUAUCCAUUCGAUGCACGGGUUGUCAAAAGGACUACAAAUUUGUCGGUUCCAGUAGCGGACCUUUUCUUUCAAGUUGUGGCUGAGGGAAUUCAGUUGCUUUCUUUCACAGUUUCUGAACCUGGGCAAUUCACACUAAUCAUCUUUGACACAAAAGCGAACGAAAGCAUUUCUCCUAUGGUGUAUGAUUAUUAUGUAUUUAUAGGUUAUUGCCAUGGGUCAAACAGCUUUGCGAAUGGUUCUGGUUUAGCCCAUUCUAUUGCUGGUAGAAUGUCAUUCUUCACAGUUUUUCUGGAGGAUCAGUACCAUAACCCAUCUCCAAUUGAAGCGGAAAGGCUUUAUGUGCGAAUCCUUUGCAAAAAUGGCACAUAUGAAGUGAGCACAAUUAUCUUCCCUCUGAGAAAUGUUAGUGAGCGCGCUCCUGUUUCUGGACAAUUUUACUUCCCUGAAGGACCUUCAGGAUAUGUUCCUUCAUUGCCCAAAAAUGAGAUCAUUGGAAGAUCAACAGUUCGAGCUAGUGAAUUUCAUGUCGCCUUUACCGCUCGAAAAUCUGGAAAUUAUGAGAUCUGGGUGUCAUGCGGAAACGUUGCAAUAAACAAUGAGAGCCCUUAUUUGUUGAAAGUUUUACCAGGCUUGGUUAGUACAUCACUAUCAAAUGUUGUUAAAUUUGCACCUAGUGUAAAGAGGCUUAUGAAGAAUGAAGUCGUUGUGCAACUUUCUGAUUCUUUUCUGAAUCCAGUUUUCUCACAGAAGUCAAAAUUGAGUUUAGGAGCAAAUAAUUCAAGUUUCAUGACAUGGGCAUUCAUUGACAAUGAAGAUGGAACAUAUACUGGCUACUACAUGGCAAGAGAUACUGGUGCCUUCAACAUAUGCAUUUUGUUUCAGGAUGAACAUUUGCCUCCUUGUCCUUUUGAGGUCCAUGUGUAUGAAAGUAAGUAUUUUUCUGAGGCACACAAUGAUAGCAUUUUGGUUUGGGAGGACGAGUCGGUUGCUUUUGAUGUACUAUUAAAUGACUACAUUGCAGGAGGCCAAGCAAAAUUAAUUGAAUCAUCUAUACCACAACAUGGGUCACUCCUGCUGUACGGACAACUCUUUCGUUACACUCCGUUUAAAGGAUAUUUCGGAAACGAUUCAUUUUCAUACACAUUUUCGGAUACAAAUAAUAAUAAUGCUACUGCCACUGUAUUCAUCUCAGUCCUCUGCAAGCCACCUCAAUUUGUUUCCUUGCCCACUCAAUUGCGUGCAACUGAAGAUGUAGUUAGUCCAAAAUUCGGUAGUGGCUUUUCGGGGUUCGAAGUGUUUUAUUCAGAUGCAGCAGAAAAUAUCUCUGUUACAAUAAGUGCACGGUUCGGCACAAUGUAUCUUGCUCCGAUGUCAAUAUACUUGGUCCAACCGCUGGGAAGUAUGCUUGCAGUGAACCGAGGUGGCAGAGCUGGGAAGGAGUUAACCUUGGUGGGGCAAGUUGAAACAAUUAACGCUGCUUUGGAGUCGGUACAAUAUAUUGGCAACGAGAAUUUCUGCGGAAAUGAUAUUAUCAAUCUAUAUGCCAUGAAUAAGAAUGGAGUGCAGGAUGCUCGCGUGCCAAUUUUUGUUGAACCCAUUAACGAUCCACCAAUCAUACAUGCUCCCAAGUCUAUAGUUCUUGGAAAGAUGGAAUCAAGUGACGGAUAUCAGAUAUAUGACAGGCAAAGAGAUGUGUUUGAUUUCUUAGUGGUUGAACCAGAUAUUUUUGGCUUUCCGGGGAACAAAUCUCAUUUUGUGAUCACAUUCUCCUUGGAAGUGAAUGAUGGAUCUUUGUCGACACUUCUGCCCGUCAAUCUCAUUAGUACAGCUGAACUGAAGAUCACAGGGAAUGAUCAGUGGCAGCCCCUUCAAACUUAUGUGACAAUUUCCAACCAUUUUGUGCUUAAAGGCAAAGGGUUCAGAUUUCGUGGGUCAGUUGGGGAUUGCAAUAAUGCACUACAGCAGCUAAUUUAUCAAGGCACAAAUCAUGAUGCAGUUUUAACAGUCACCGUAAAUGAUAUGGGCAACUAUGGAUGCUAUCCAGAUUGCGCCGACAUGAUGUCAUCACCGCUUUCCACUGAGGUUACCAUAAAUCUAAUCAGAAGGAGGCCAAUUAGUUCAAGAACAACACUUUUGCUUGGAUCAGCACUAGUUAUCGAGAUUUUCAUGAUGAUUCUCCUUGGCGGGGUGCUUCUGUUCUUUAUCUGUAAAUGUAUGAAUGCUCUUCAAAAAGAGAGACAAGAACAUGCUGAUAAUGUUCGGUUUCCUUCAGAAGAAAAUCACGGCGAUGACAUGAUGAAUGCCUCGACAUCGGCGAAUAUGAAUCCAACUCCCUCUUCAUUUGCACUUCCUGAAUCCAGCUUUCGGCAAAGGAUAGAUCGAGAUGGGAGCAAAUUUUUGAUAGAUCGGGAUGGAUUAAAUAAAGAAAAGAAUCACCCGCCUCCCGCUCCAUUUACUUGACGGAUCGGAGCGAAUUCGGAACAGAGUAUAUUUUGGGCGGGAGAUCCACCAACCCCGAUCCAUUUGCAUUCCUACAAACAGCUGCAGUAGUAGAUGACUCUGAAUUUGGAUCUGAUUAACAAAACCAAAAACCGAGCAAUUAAACCAAAUGAGGUUGAAAUUUGCACGGUUUCGCGAGCUUGAUCUGUAAGCAUGGAAAAGAAAAACAACAAAAGAAAAUAAAGAAGAAAAAUUAAAACUGAAAAUAUGAAAGAUACAAAAGGGUUAAAAGAGACCAUCUGCCGCAAACAUUUCAGAAACUUCUCUUCAGAUUAUAACACGACAAUCGCACUUCAACUAAAAUGAUCAACACUCUCGAUCGCGCACAUAACCGAAUAAAACUCAUUCUUAUUGCAUCAUCAAAUCCAGUUGAUACAAACACUUUCUGCGACUGAAAAUAAUAGAUGCAAGACACAACCAGCAUUGCAAAGAGGAAAAAAAAAAAAAAAAAAAAAAAAAAAAAAAAAAAAAAAA